AUGGUGUUCUUCAGCUGGGGCCCCAAGAACUUCGAUCUAUUGAGAUCGUGGAUUCCAGAAGGCAAUGCAGCUCUGCAACGGGCGUGGUUGGAUGAUUACCUUCGUGCUGUGCAAUGGGUGAGGGAGAGUGGUGUGGCUGUUUCGGGUCGGUUUGAGGGCGUUAUGACUAUCGGAAUCGGCUUCCCAAUCGACAUCCACCACUUUCAUAGAUCCUGCCAGGACAGAUUGAAAGCCAGCAGAACAGGCUCGGACAUCUUCACGAACACGUCCGUGGUAAGACUGAUCCAAGAACUACCGCCUCAUGAGCGCGGUGGCGCCUCCGACAGUCCAGACGAUGCCAAUGCCGCAGUCAAGUACUACUACGUCAAUGCAAAGUCAGUCAUCCUAGCCACAGGCGGCUUCCAGGGAUCCCCUCGAUUAACGUCUUCGCACUUGGGGCCCGGUGGGGGCAGCAUUUUCGUCCGCUCGAAUCGCGGUUCCGUGGGUGAUGGGCUUGAUCUGGCAGUCUCCGUUGGUGCUGGGUUGAGUAGAGGGUUAGAUACGUAUUAUGGCCAUCUUCUUCCUGCUCCCUUGAGGGUGGAUCAGGUUGAUCCGAGGGAUUAUUUGGGGCUUGCUCAGUAUCAAAGUAAAUACUUCCUACUCAUCAACGAAGCCGGACGCAGAUUCGCAGAUGAAACGAUGGGCGAUGAGAUUGUCAAUCAGUGCCUGGCCAAACAGGAGAAACGACGAGGAUUUCUGCUAUUUAGGUAUUUCCCCCCGGGGCCUCCAUCCCCAAGCACCAAACUAGAGCAAGCUGAAAAAAAGUCAUUGGCCAUGGAAGCUCAGCCUUCCAUCACAUUCACCUAUGGCGGGAUCGCAAUAGAUACCAACAGCCAUGCACUUACCGCCGACAAGACAAUAAUCCCAGGACUACUGGUAGCAGGAGCUGAUGCGGGAGGGUUCAGCCAUCUUGGGUAUGCGGGCGGUCUUGCUCUGGCCUUUGUGACGGGGUACUGGGCUGGUCGGGAGGCGAUACGACAACUGGGUCUCCCUGAGCCGACACUGCCAGCUGCUGAUACGAGGGAUUCGAUGGAUUUCAAGGCCGUGCUGUAG